AUGCCUCUCGCCUCAGCUGCAACCACUUUGCGCCAGACCCUCAAGGAUCCGAAUGGCUUUGUGAUCGCCCCAGGUGUGUAUGAUGGCCUCUCAGCCCGUCUGGCCCUCGCGGCAGGAUUCGAUGCGCUGUACAUGACCGGCGCAGGCACCGCCGCCUCAGUGCACGGCCAAGCCGACCUAGGAAUCUGCACAUUAAACGACAUGCGCACCAACGCCGAAAUGAUUGCGAAUCUAUCCCCGUCGACCCCUCUCAUUUGUGACGCCGACACAGGCUACGGCGGGCCCAUCAUGGUCUCCCGCACCACAGAACAAUACGCCCGCUCUGGCGUCGCCGCCUUCCACAUCGAAGACCAAGUUCAAACCAAGCGCUGCGCCGCGGUGCAAGCACGUAAUCGACUCGGCAGCGACAUUGUCGUGAUCGCGCGCACGGAUUCCCUGCAAGGACACGGGUACGAGGAAGCGCUUACUCGACUUCGAGCUGCACGCGACGCGGGCGCGGAUGCUGUGAAGGACCUCGCGCCGUGGCCCUUGCUUCUGAAUAUGGUUGAGCAUGGGUCUACACCGAGUAUCACGGCGCAGGAGGCGCGGGAAAUUGGGUUUAAGAUUAUUAUCUUUCCGUUUGCGACUAUCGGGCCAGCUCUUACGGCUAUGGCGGAGGGGUUGGAGAAGUUGAAGAAGCUUGGAUUGCCUGGAUUAGAUGAGAGUCUAACACCGCAGGCUUUGUUCAGGGCGUGUGGAUUGGAUGAGAGUGUGAAGUUGGAUGCCGAGGCUGGGGGUGUUUCAUUCGAAGGAGGUGUUGAUCUGCGGAAGUAA